AUGCGUUAUCAGUGCACCGUACAGGUGAAGCUGGAGCUAGGCCACAGGGCACAGCUGCGGAAGAAGGUCACAGCGGAGGGCUUUACUCAUGACUGGAUGGUGUUUGUGCGAGGUCCAGAGGCAUGUGACAUCCAGCACUUCGUGGAAAGGGUUGUCUUCCGACUUCAUGAGAGCUUCCCAAAACCCAAGAGAGUGUGCAAGGAGCCUCCUUAUAAAGUGGAAGAGUCUGGUUACGCUGGGUUCCUCAUGCCAAUUGAAGUCUAUUUCAAGAACAAGGAGGAACCAAAGAGAGUGUGUUUCAAUUAUGAUCUUUUCCUGAAUCUGGAGGGCAAUCCACCCGUCAACCAUCUGCGCUGUGAAAAGCUCACGUUUAACAAUCCCACCCACGAGUUUCGUCGCAAGCUGGUCAAGGCUGGUGGGGUAAUAGUUGUCCCCGAAGGAGCAGAAAUGAUGCCUAGACCCAGCCCAGAUUAUCCAAUGCUCCCCACCAUUCCUCUCUCUGCCUUCUCUGAUCCCAAAAAGAUCAAAUCAUCCCAUGGAAUAAAAGAACCAAGUAAAGAUGUUGGGGGUGGGAGUGGCAAAGGACAGAAGCCCCAUAAACCAGCCAAAGAGCAUCGGGAGCGCACGCGUAAAACCUCUGAGAGCAAGGCCCCUUCGAGAGAGAGCGACCGCGAAGGAGCCAAGGCCGUAGGAGACUCGUCCUCCUCCUCUUUCUCCUCCUCCAAGAAGGUGGUGGAGGGCAGGGGGAAAGAGGAUGGCAGGUCUCAGCCCAAAGCUGCCUUCAAAGAGCCCAAGCUCACUCUCAGAGACCCUAAGAUGGAGGCUGCGUCCCCAAAAGGCGGAGGAGGAGGUGGAGGAGGUGGACAGCUAGAAACCAGAGCUCCAAGCAAACGACCCUCUUCUGUUACAGAGUCUCCACGACUCAGCACCAAGAAGCAGAAAAGGGCAGGUUCAGAGGCACCAAAAGGAUCCGCCAACACGGGCUUCAACAGCAACUCUCCUCGCGUCUCCUCCACAACCACAACCCCCGCCUACAACGAAAAGAAAGCACCCAAAGAGAAAGCCCACUGGGCUAAAGUGAGAACGGACGUGCAGGAGGUGAAGAGGCAGCCAGAGUCGGAUGAGUCAAACUCAGAGGAUGAGGCCUCGUCAAAAUCUGAGUCGGCACCUUCCAGUCCAUCCAGCUCCAGUUCAGACUCCAGCUCUGACUCUGACUUUGAGCCAUCGCAGAAACAAGGCCAGGGCCCUCUGCGUACUAUGGUGGAGGACCUGCAUUCGGAGGGAUCUGAUGAUGACAGCAGCUCAGAGGUGGAGACACCCAUGAAGACAACUCCACCCAACCAGGACUCUCGUUUGAGCAUGGACAGUGAGAGUGAUGGUGUCGAGGAGUCUCGCCCUCCCAGCCAAGAGGCUCCUUCUCCCCCCUCGAAACUCAGCACAGCAAACUUUAAGAUGAUGGGGAAAAAGAGCCCAGAUUCUUGCACCCGAUCAGAGAAGAUGCUGAAGAAGGGAUACGACAAGGCAUACACAGAGGAGCUGGUGGAUCUUCAUCGCAGAUUAAUGGCUCUGAGGGAAAGGAACAUUUUACAGCAGAUUGUGAAUCUCAUCGAAAAGACUGGCCAUUUUAAUGUCACCAACACCACCUUUGAUUUUGACCUUUUCUCAUUGGAUGAAUCAACGGUGCGCAAAUUACAGAGCUACCUGGAAGCCACCUCCACAUGACAGAGGGAACCUCCAUGCCCGUCUCUUAAUGUUCCUCAUUUGGCAAGGCCUUCGAACGGACGCAGAGGCAAAUGGACAGGUAUUGAAAGCAGUAUAUAAAUGCACAGAGAAAAAAAAAACACAUUAUACUGUAACAAAGAUAAAGAACAAGAAGACCAGGAGCUUUAAAGGGGCAGUAUUCAAGGUCAGGUACACAAAGACAUCUCUGAUUAUUGCACUAAAGGAUACAACCAAUGGCCACAAUACUGUCCAAAAACAAACAUCAUCUCUCCAGAAUCGUUGCAGAUGAUAACUCCUUACAGCGAGCAGGUACAUAAGUCAACCCUUUUGCCCCAAAGCUGAAAGCACUAGCAGCAGUUGAACUCUUGCUUGUGUCGCAAAGGGCUUUGUAAAAGGGAAUUGUGUGAUGUAGUGUGCCUGUGACUUCUUCUGCUUUAGUGUUGAUGACUAUACAGUGUAUUUGUUCCCACAAAGCUAUUCCUGCAACUGCUGAAAUAAAAAAAACAAAACAAAACAAAACAAAACAAAACAAACAAAAUUCCUGUGUGUGGCCCUUCAAGCUCCGCUGAGGGUCGCAGCAACACUUUUCAGCUCUCUGCUCUUGUAGUGCCUUCUCAAAAUACAAUGUUGUCUCAGUAUCAACCAGGUAUUAGUAUAUCCAAACAUGCUUAAUUCAAGAACCAACCUCCAAACCCAACUUUUUGUAUACCCAACAUCCACAUGGACAGAGAGUCUGAGAACAAAAAAUUGACCCCUUUCUUGUGUAAGCUCCCAUUCAUUAUCCUCAAUGCCUGACGAAUGGUUGGCAAGAUGAAGGGUUUAUUUUGCCUUUAGUUUUGUUCCAUUUAUUUAUGUAACUUUGCACUUUUUGCUCUGGUCACUUCAGUUCUUUGUAAUUGUCAGAAAACUAUAUUUAUGAAUUUUUUUUACAUAAUGACUUGCAAAAAUGUAUAGAUUUUUGUCAAUGUUUUAAAGGCCUCUUAAAUGUUACCCUAUUGAUAACAAAAUCAAUAGAGAAAUAAUGCACAUAGAAUUAAGGGGAUAUGUGAUCUCCUUUAUUCCAAUGGUAUAAAUGAGGGGUUACAUGAUCUACAUGGUUAACACAGUUCAAGUACUGUAUGUUUUUUUUUGUCUGAUAUUGUUUGAAGAAAUUGCUUUUCUUGACUAAACAAUAUUGUUCUCUUGUUUCAUUUGCUCAUAGUUUGACGCAAAGGUUAGUGGUAUUUCACAAAGAGUGAGGGACUAGAUAGUUGGCUGUCUUUUAUGAGUAUGUUUCUUAGUUGGGCUCACCUGAUAUGUAAUCUGCCAACGUCCACAUGUAAGACUGAGGAUAUGUUGCCGUGGUCUGUUUCUAAGCAAACGUGACGUGGAAGAGCCUGAUUACGUUUAGAGAAAAACUUUUUGACGGCCUGCCAACAGACCCACCCUGCUUUGUUAAGUACCCCUUGGUUGUAACAUAGAGUUACAAAGGAAACACAAUCUCCUGUGGUGUUACUGUGGGGAGAGUAUGCAGAUGUGUCAUUAUGUGUCCUUUAUGUGCAAAUAAUGGGUUGACAAUAGAACAUUGUAAUAGGACCUCUUCUGUCUUCAUUAAAUCCAACAAACUUGGUAAAAGAAAACAAGACUAUUAAAUCUUGUGAGAUUUCAGGUCAUCAUAGCUAUCAUUAUCAAUAUGAAUAGUUGUUAUGGUCAAUAAAGUCAUUUGAGUUUUACAAUCUUCUGUCAAUAUUCUCUCUUCUGUGUAUAUUAUUUGGGGCUGUUAGCUAGCAAUAAAAUCAGUGUUCUCUCCAGUGAAUACAAGUUCAAAUACACCAAUAAUACAUUUACAAAAGGUUAAAAAAAAAGGGUUCUUUUAUAGCACCUUGCAUGUUCACUGUAUCCAUGUGCAGAACUGUGCCUUCUCAAGCUGUUUAACCUAACAAAGCUCUUUUUGCAGUCUGGGUAAAAGUCAAAUUCCCUCUGUGUAAGCUAUCUAGGUUAACAUUUUGUAACUCUUUGCACAGGUUAUGCAUGUAUAUGUUUUU